CUCGGUGGAACGACCCCAUCGUUAUACCAUAAUAAUAUAGUAUUUCGAAUUGGUAUCUUGAACUGUAGUUGAAUUGCUUUUAUUUGGUUGUGUGGACUAGCAAUGCAUUUUUCUUGUUAAAUAAUAUUUAACUUAAUGUAUACAAGACGGGACCAGUGAUUUAGAUAGUAUCGCCCUAGGUAAUAAUUCUUAGCAUGGUUUUGAACUUGACCAGUUAUUCUCCUGUCGUGACCCGAAUCAAAGAGAAGUAUCAAUAUUGCCAAUUCUUUCGCUGUUUUAUUACUCUAGAUGAGAGAAAUUAAAUUCUGUAAUGUUGCCGACAUUUUUUUCAGGAUCCCUAUUAGCAAAGUCUUGCUCUUAGCCAGUUUGUGAUAUUUUUAGCAUGAACCUCAUUAAGUAACAAAACUAUCACUCUUAUUUAAAUAUGAAACCAGAUCCUACAGUAAUGUUCCAUUUUAGUUGAUGGUAUUUGAUGGGGGAUAUAAUGUCCUCGUAGUGUACUUUGUGUACUUUGUGUGAUUAAUUAUAAAACUCUCAAGCAAGUGUUUGUCCGGCCUUUUUGGUUUAAUGCCAGGCUUUUCUCUUUUACGCUGUACACCGGAAUCCAAACAGAUGCCUGGUGGAUGGUUGAAAGCCUCUAUGAGACUGUUUCGACUGGCACACAGACUGGCCAACGCCACUCUUUGGUCAUUCCCGCAUAAUCCCUUAUUCGUUCGUACACUAUCAGUUUCUCCCACAGUUUUCUUACCCCAGCCUUUCUCUUUAUUCCCAUUAUUGUGUUCAAAGUAUUGUACGUCUUUCACACACAUUUGUAGUUUUAAAUCUUAUCGUUGCUCUCUUUGUUCAGUGCUAUUUCCUGAUUUCUUUUCAGUAUCGUCUGCCUUCUGUCACUCUAUUCAGUCUCAUAUAACUAUGACUUUAGCUGAUGUCUUGGGAGUGCUGGAGCAGCUAGCUCCAUUGUCGUUGGCUGAACCAUGGGACAAUGUUGGCCUCUUGGUCGAACCCAGUAGACCUCGUCCUAUCCAAACCAUUUUGUUGACUAAUGACCUGACAAUAGCCGUCAUGGAGGAGGCCGAAGAUAUGAGCUGUGACCUCAUUAUUUCAUACCACCCCCCACUGUUUCGACCAUUUAAACGAUUAGUUCAGAAGGACUGGAAGCAACAGUUAGCCAUUCGGGCGCUUGAAGCAGGAAUUGCAGUCUACUCUCCCCACACUUCAUUGGAUAGCGUGAAAGGUGGAAUCAACGACUGGCUGAUUGGAGGAGUAGGUAGUGGCAGUGUGUCAGUCCUCCAUCAGGCUGUCAGUAGUGCACCCAUCUGUCACAAGCUGGAAUUUACAGUCAGAAACCAUGAAGAACUAAACACAGUUCUAGCUGAAUUAAAGGAACGAGAGGCAGGACGCACCUUUAAGUUCAGUGCUGCCAGACCGGACAGUGACAUGUACAGUGUGAGCAUGUCCUGUAUGGACUCGGAGCUGACUGGUGUUGUCCAAAUUCUGUCAAAGCACUUAUUGGCUUGUCAAAGUCUCAACAUUCUUCCAUCCAGCAAGCCACCACUCCCUGGUUGCGGGCAGGGGAGACGGAGUAUUUUGGAUGAGCCUAUUUCUGUAGCAGCAGCAGUCGAUCGAGUCAAAGCUCACUUGGGAUUGAGUCAUGUGAGAUUGGCUCUUGGUGCCCAGCAAACACUUGAGUCUACAGUUAGCACUGUGGCAGUUUGCGCUGGAUCAGGAAGCUCAGUUCUGCAAGGAGUGAAGGCAGAUCUCUGCGUAACAGGGGAAAUGUCACAUCACGAGGUCCUGGAUACUGUUGCCGCAGGAACAAGCGUGAUCCUCUGUGACCAUAGCAACAGCGAGCGUGGCUUUUUGUCUGUACUCAGGGAAAGGCUGGCGGUGCAUUUGCCUGAAUCCGUGUCAAUUAGAUUAUCACAGAAAGACAGGGACCCUCUUGAAGUAGUCUAAGGAAAUCAUUGUCUCUAGUUAUUCAUGAGACUUUAAUGCAGACCACACAACUGAUCUGAAAUGUAUUGCAUGCCUCCAAAUAAAAACAAGAUUCAUAUGAAUAA